GCUGGGCUGGCUUAGCGGAUCCCGGUUGCUAGGGUGUGUCUCCUUGGCCUCCUAGAGGGUGGGGAUCCGUGGUGCUUCUUCGGGAACAGCCUCCUGCAGGAAGACCCGCCACCUCGCUGGACCUUUACCUCGCUGCCUAGAUUCCGAGGAAUAGGAGAUAGGAGACGAAAAGCCAGUUGGUUUGGGAAGCGGCUGAUUAUCCUAAAGAGUAGUGUGGGAGUCCAGCACUUCCGUGCACCUCUUUGGGUACUACGGAAGGGAGUUUUCCAGCAUCGAGUGGAAUAUAUGACCAGGGAGUACACCUUGAGCGCUUGUGUGCAGUUAUCUUUUGGCGGUAAACGGCCCAUUUGUGCAGUUCCAGGGUGUUCCCUUCUAGGCUAUCAAUGGAGUAGUGCCAUGCCAGGAACUUUUGAUGUUGCCCUGCAAACUAAAAGCACAUUUUGGGGGUGCAUCUUCUGGCAUCAUUUCUAAACAGCAUGAAUUGGGAUCCAGCAGCCCUGGGAAACCUCAUUAUAGUGAAACCUAUCUUAUUUUAGGAUUGAAUGGUUUUGGCCCAAGCAUAGUGGUUGAAAAACAAGCCAUUACAGAAAGAAGACAAUUUGUUUGUGAAUGGUUAGAUAUGGUGGGUCUUCAGAGGCUUAGCUAAUGAAGAGAUCGUCUACACAUUUCUGACCAAAUUCUUUCUACAUUUAUAGUGAUAACAUUUCGGAGGGAGAGAAAAAAAUGUCAUUUCGACUAUUCUGAAAAAUCAGUAUUUACUAGUUGAAACAGCAUUGGCAAAUUGAACUACGUACUAGCAUGGAAAAUUGUAGAAGGAUCCUGGGUAGUAAUAAUACACAUAUUUUUAAAAUUAUAUGUUUACUUAUAACCCUACAUUUUAACUGGAUUCUUUCUAUUAAUAUAAGUUUUAAAGAAUUAUUUUCUUACCCUCUUUUUUUUUCAUAAAGGAAUUCUGCUUGGAUUCAGUAGAAUAUUGCAACAGAAUGAUUUUCAUUAAGAUGUAAUCUAAAUUCUUAUUUUUCAACAAUUCAAACAUAUUCAAAACCUUUUCAAUUCUCACUUACACCAAGGAUUAUGAAAAACAGCACUUACUAUUCAUUAAAAUGCGAAAGCCCCCACUACUUCUUCGAAGACCCUUACCUCCAAAAUUCACUAAGCCGUCUUUACACGAGAUAAAAACCCGUACAGCCAAAACUGGUAAAACUGGGUCACUACACGUAACAUUCACUGAAGAUGAAACCACUUCCAUUAAAACGGAUAAAACUCAUUUUCCUGAUGUUUUAAGAAAUCAAUCAUUAACACCUAUCAAUAUCCAAAAUAUCUUUUUUGGUCAUUGUGUACAAGAAAGAGUGACUGCAAUUUCAUCACCCCAAAAACCUACUAAGCAUGUCUAUGAGCAGAUUCCAGAUACUGCUACUGGUUCCAUAUUUUUUCCACGUUGUCAUUCAGCUUCUACUCGAAUUUUUGGGAAACAAACAAACAAAAUGGAAAAUUCCAGAAAGUUGAAAACUAUGAAAGAUGUUUAUACUGAAAAAAAGCUAGAAAACAUUUUAAUUCUUUCUUCCAAGUUUUCCAAACCUGAAAGUACUCCUGGCUUAGUUAUCACUCACAAACUUGAGACUGUGCACCCUGAGCAUCAACCUUUACUGGAGAGUCCAGGUGAUACUUAUCAGCACAUCUCGAGAGAUUUAAGUGCAAGAGUGCCAAGCCCUCUACGUACAACUGUAUCUGUGAAACCAGAAGGACAGUGGCCUGAACAUUUUAAACCAACUGCUACAUUGACACUAAAAGUUACUCAAUUUCCAGGUUUUGUUUCCUUGCCAACACCAAUUUUACCAAGAAAACCUCACAGGCAGUCUGUGAUAGAAACUCUUGUAGCAGAACAUGAAAAUGUAGAAAGUGUCCCAAAGCAAAUCCUACCAAGACCACCUGAAGGUCUCACCAAAACUGAAAAAAUAGAAUCAGAGAUACACAUUGUACGUGGUGAAGGUUUUAAGACUGUUGCAGCAACACGAUAUGAAACAAUAACAGCCAUGACCAACCUGGCCAUAGUAAACUGUCAAGUAUAUGGAAGAAAUGCACUUAAUCUGAAGGGCUUUUUUAUACUACAUUGUCCAGACUUAACACCUUUAGCUUUCCAGUUGAUAUAUCUUAAUUUGUCAUUUAAUGAUCUUCGUUACUUUCCCACAGAAAUAUUGUGUCUUAAAAAUUUACAAAUACUGAAACUGAGAAAUAAUCCUAUCAAAGAAAUUCCUUCUGAAAUUCAACAACUUGCGUUCCUUAGAAUUUUCACCAUUGCUUUUAAUUUAAUUACUGUUCUUCCAACUGGGUUAUUUUCCUUGUCUUAUCUUGAAGAACUUGAUGUUUCCUAUAAUGAACUUACUUUUAUUCCAAAUGAAAUUCAGAAACUCAGAUCACUUGAAAGACUGACCGUUGAUGGGAAUGAGCUGUAUUUUUUCCCACAUGGAAUUUUGAAGCUUAACCUGACAAAAAUUCAGUUUGAGAAUAAUUUCACUCAUCCUUGUUUUUGGAGAGAGAAUUCUUUGAAUAAUCCACAACAACUUACUCAAAUUAUUUCUUUGUUCAUUGUCCAAAAUAAACUACAUGAAUUUUAUGAUAAGAUCCCAGUAGAAGUUCAGAAGUUACUAAACUGCACAUCCAGGUGUGAAUGGUGUCAUGGUCCCAAGUUUGGUGAAGGUUUUCGUGUCAUCCGAUCCUGUGAUAUUUUUGGAGCAUCACAGCUUCCAGUUAUGUUUCAUGUCUGUUCUUCUUCUUGCUAUAGAAGAAUAAAGGAAAGCAGUUUUAUUUUAGAUGGUAGUCCUAGUAGAAGAAUAGCUCUAGAUGUGGAGUUGUCAAAAGAAUUAUAGUACAAUGAUUUAUCAUAUGUAUAUAUAAACUUUACUGGCUUUUACUACAUAUAUGUCUACAUAUAGUAAUUCAUCUCUUUGAAAGUAGAGGUUCUGUUUGGAAGAUAUAAGUGUCUUCUCAUAUGAAUUAUCUUUGUAAUUCUAACUCCUUAUGAAAGUUUGUGAUUGUUAGGGAAUUGUUGCAGAAUAAUUACUCAAGGAGGAUUAGUAAAGCCUUUAGAUUUGAAUACAGAUCUAGAAAAUUUCUUUCAGAGCCUGUUUACUAUAAAAGGAAAAAUGUUAGAAUCCUUUGCAAAAUGGGUUAUAUCUUACAACUAGUCUUUUCAUGCAUCCAUACUAAGUGACAAGAUAGCAUUGCAGAGUCAUCAGUGGGGUUUGUGCUGCAUACAGCUUCAACGUCACACAUCCAAGUGCUCAAUGCUUGUGCAUUUCUGCGGAAAUCUGACCAGUGCCUACCAUCUCAAUUGUAGGUUGUUUGGGGGAAUAAAAGAUUAAUUCUAUCCCCAAUUGUUUGUUUAAAUUAAUUUCCCAGGUUCUUAGAGAACUGGUACAGUCUUGAAUUGUUACCUUGCACUUCAUUUCCUAAAGCUGAGAAACUGGACAUUAGCCUGAUUCUGUAGGCUAGCACCAGCAUCUACCAAGGCCUACAGUGAUAGCCCGACAGGAAAAUAAAAUACAACUUACAAAAUAACAUUGCAAAGCAGAAUUUGCAUACAGUAAAACUUCCUUUAAGAAUUAACGUUUGGUAAGAGAAAGAUAAAAGGGCAUUUUGAUAUACAAACAACUUUACAAUGGCAUAGAAUUAUUUCACGUAUCUUUUACACGCAGCUCACUUAAAUCUCAAAUAUCAUUGCUAAUUAAAUUUCGUGAUAUGAAAUGAUUUAAAUUUACACAGCUCUCUUAUCAUUAAUGUCAGAAAAAUACAUUAUGUCAUGUUUGUGUGUAUCUUUUAGUGAUAUCAUUUAAAUAAAGAUAAAUCAGGCAAAAUAAUUUUUCUAUUGAUUUCAAUAAAUCGCGAUGCUUACAUGCUUUUCCUUGAGACUUUGUUUCAUUUUUCAGCAGAAUCAGGUAAACUUUGCUUUGCUUGAUAAAUAUACACUGUAUUCUCCAGGGUAAGAAUAAAAUUAUUUAUAAUGAAAGAAGUAACUACCAUAUUACACAUGUAUACAGAAAGGGAUAUUUAUAGUAUGAUAAAUUAAUUCAUUAAAAUGUAAUAUACUCAUAAUUAGAAAACAAGAUGAAGAAAAUAAUACUAACUCCCUGUGGCAUAUAGCUUAUUAAUACCCUUGUUCCUCAAAUAUUUCUUGGGGAAGAAAUAUGUUAUUUAUUUAUUCAAAACAUGUUGAGUUUUGGUUUAACUGAGUAGUUUCACAUUGAAAUAGGAAAUAAAAAAAGAAUAGCUUUCAAGGGAAAUGACAAAUUCUGAGGGAUGUUUCAAAACUAAAUAUACCUAGAUACUUAGACAAAUAUGAAAUAUACCUAGAACCCAAUCUCUUUAUGCUUAGUAUAAACCUUGAAUCUGAGUGAUCUCUUAUAGAUCUUCCAA